GUACACUGUGUUGGUACCAAAUAACAGAACAGAAGGAAAACUGGUCAUAUCCGCCACGCAGUUAGCACCGGCUGUACAAAAGAGACAGACAAUAAUAAGAUUUAUUUAUACAGGGUUCAUUCAUUUAGUUUCUGGGAAUUCUGAUUUCGAUUGGUUUUGAAAUUUUAGGUUUUCAGUUUUCACUUACUUGUGUUGAACUUUAUAAAAUGGCGUUGCGUGUACAAUUUGAAAAUAAUAACGAAAUAGGAGUAUUUUCUAAGUUAACGAAUUCCUAUUGUUUAGUAGGAAUUGGUGGUUCAGAAAAUUUUUACAGUACUUUUCAAUCAGAGUUGGGGCAAACGAUUCCAGUAAUUCACACAGCACUAUCUGGUUGUCGAAUAAUUGGUAGGAUGUGUGUCGGAAAUAAACAUGGAUUAUUAGUGCCCAAUUCAACCUAUGAUUCAGAACUUCAACACAUCAGAAAUGCUUUACCAGAUUCUGUUCAUGUACAAAGGAUUGAAGAAAGAUUGUCUGCUUUGGGAAAUGUGAUUGCCUGUAACGAUUAUGUAGCCCUGGUUCAUCCAGACUUAGACACAGAAACAGAAGAAAUCAUAGCAGACACGCUCAAAGUAGAAGUUUUCAGACAAACACUAGCAAGUAAUGUUUUGGUGGGAUCGUAUUGUGCUCUGAACAAUCAAGGUGGUUUGGUACAUCCAAAUUGCAGCAUAGUGGACCAGGAAGAACUAUCCUCAUUACUUCAAAUUCCAUUAGUGGCUGGAACAGUUAACAGGGGUAGUCAAGUUAUUGGAUCAGGAUUAGUUGUAAAUGAUUGGUGUGCCUUUGCUGGAAUGGACACAACUUCUACAGAGCUUACAGUUAUUGAAUCGAUAUUCAAAUUAAAUGAUGCUGUUCCCUCUACUAUCACGUCUGAGAUGAGAGCAAGUCUUAUUGAGAGCAUGUCGUGAUUAUUGGAAUUGUAAUUGCCAGUUUCUACCAUCAAUUAAAAUUCAAUGGUCAACAACUUUCUCUUUUCCGCAGAACCACCAAAUUUUUAUAUAUUCGAUUCAAUAUGUAUAAAAUGUUUCAAAUAUUUAACAUCUGUAAUAUUAUACUUGUUUUUAUCAUAAACACAGUUGGUUCCAGAAUUGUGUUAACUACUUGAUUGAACUUUAACCUAAUGUAAAAUAUAUGGAAAAUGACUUCA